AUGCUAUGGGACGACUCUGCCGAAGAUUGUGCCUGUGCCGAUGGGUUCGGUCGACCAUACUGUAGGUUGUUCGAGUGGAAAGUCCCGGAAAUAGCGCUAGCGGAUCUCGUGUUGCUUGUCCUGGAAGCCGCAAGAAUGCGGCGGCUCAAAGCACCGACGAGCCAGCAGCUUCGUUUGUCCUCGGGGUCCGCCAUCGGCACCACGUCGUUCUUCAUGUUGCCACAACUCUGCGUGCUCGUCUUGACCGUCCCGUUCCGCCUCGCCGACAUAGUCCGGACCAAGGAGCGUUCCUACCGGCAGAGGCUGGCGUUCCUGAUCGAGCGAGAGAUCCCGUUCUUCGCUCGGCAUCGUCCUCAGUCCAUCCGUUCACCGGCCACUUGUCUACGGCGAGUCGAGAUGCAUCGCUGCCGCACGCGCCGUAGUCCUCAUCUCGUCGUGAUCGCCAUCCCCUGUGUCACGCGUGUCGUCGCCCUCUCGCCGCCCGACCUCUCCGAGUUCGGUGUGCACGCAGAGGGCGCCCAACGCUUGCCCGACCGACUUGCCAUCGGGUACCGGCUGGGCAAUGCAGAGUCGCAGGAUGGUGCUGUCCAGAAUGUUACGAUCGCUGCAGUAUUCGCCCCGUUCGUUGACCCCAGCGCAGAGAACUCGAUGACCUGCGAGACGAUCGCGCUGAACAGCCGGGCUGGCUGGUCCAAUGACAUGCGCGUGCAGCCCUCGAAUGACGACGUCAUCCUGCUCCUCGCGCAGUCCCGCCUCGUCGGCAUAAUCACAAUAUCGCAUAUCGCUCCAUCCAACACGACACGACGCGAUGUCACCUCAAAGGGGCUGCCGCUAAACUCGUACAUAUUCGUGCCCUCCAUCUCGGCGCUGCAGCAGAACCUCUCCGCGGACGAGACACUCGGCCCCAUCCCCAGCCCUGGCAGGUCCGCGCGGCUGACGCUGGUCCAGCCCAAGCCGUUCGUCGCCACGAUCCUGGAGGACCACUCGGACAAAUCUGCGUUCUCUGACAUCUGGACGUUGUCGGGUUCUGGACGUUCCGGCCGCGGCUCCCAGGUCCAGCGGAUGGUCGCUCGCUCUCCGCGCUCGGCCUCGUGCACAUGUUCCACCAGGAGCGCUCCCUCGUCGACUCAGCGGUGGCACGUCGACUUUUCAGCGCUCCGCGAUGAGGGUAGGAGACCGGGCACCGCUUCGGAGGGCAUCGUCGCGUUCGUUAGGGAGCGGCUGGUUGAUGUGGGGAGCCUGGAAGACGAGCGGCACGAUUGGUGUGAGGAGCAGACGGCGUCCUUGACGAGUCAAGUGGAUCAGCACGUUGAAGCGAUGUUACUGAUCUGGAUUGAUGAUCCUCCAAACUAA